CUUUCUCUAUCCGCCUCAGUCUCUCAACCUCACACUCAAACAUCAGAAACAGAACAACCCUUUUUGUAGAGGACUGUGUAUUAACCAAGUCACACGGAGUACUUUCAGUCCAUGGCGUCCUUAGCUUCAUCCACCACCCUUAUCUCUUCCGCUAGGGUUCUCCCCUCCAAGCCUUCUCUCUUCUCUCCCGCCGCCUCUUUCCUCCGAACUCUUCCCUCUUCCUCUGCAUCAUCACCGUCUUCUCUCUGCUCCGGUUUCUCCCGCAUCGUUCCCCUCACCUCCAACAACAGCUCUUCCACUCGCCGUAGCUUCGCCGUCAAGGCCCAGGCCGAUGAUUUGCCACUGGUUGGUAAUAAGGCGCCUGAUUUUGAGGCAGAGGCUGUUUUUGAUCAAGAGUUCAUCAAGGUGAAGCUCUCAGAGUACAUUGGUAAAAAGUAUGUGAUUCUGUUUUUCUACCCAUUGGACUUCACUUUUGUCUGCCCCACAGAGAUUACUGCCUUCAGUGACCGUUAUGCAGAAUUUGAGAAGCUAAACACGGAAGUGUUAGGUGUCUCAGUCGACAGUGUGUUCUCGCAUCUUGCGUGGGUCCAAACAGACAGAAAGUCAGGAGGGCUCGGUGAUCUGAACUACCCACUCGUCUCGGAUAUCACCAAAUCCAUUUCUAAAUCGUUUGGAGUGCUCAUCCCUGAUCAGGGCAUUGCAUUGAGAGGGCUUUUCAUCAUCGACAAGGAAGGAGUCAUCCAGCAUUCCACCAUCAACAACCUCGGUAUUGGCCGAAGCGUUGAUGAGACAAUGAGAACCCUCCAGGCAUUACAGUAUGUUCAAGAAAACCCUGAUGAGGUCUGCCCCGCGGGAUGGAAGCCUGGGGAGAAAUCGAUGAAACCUGACCCCAAGCUCAGCAAAGAGUAUUUUUCAGCUAUUUAAGAGUCUUUCAUAUAAAACAUAUGUUCGGUGAAAAAGCAGAGGACAUGUUUAUCUUUUUCCUGUGUUGGAGAGCUCAGUUUUUAUUUUUGCCAAGAUAACAUUUGCUUGAAAACUUUGCUUUGACUUCAUUACUUAUGUUUCUUCUGUGUGAUUCUCCUCAAAAGUUGAAUAAAAAUAAUGAAAUUUAUAUGUUCCUCUA